CAUCUUCACAGCCAUGAGCUCCGUGGACUGAGAAACCACCGUUGGAAGCGAUGAUCAGAUUUGUUUGCCAUGGAAAUGGAUAUGACACCAAAGUUCUCCUCGAAGGACGAAGAAAUUGACUUCUGGAAGGCGCUUUGUCUCAAGUACAAGAAGGGCUGUGAGGAGGCUCAGGAGGAGCUGCUGGAGUUCCAGGAGGGGAGCAGGGAGCUGGAGGCCGAGCUGGAGGCUCAGCUGGGCCAGGCUGAGCAUCGGAUCAGAGACCUGCAGUCGGACAACCACAGACUCAAGAACGAGGUGGAAACGCUGAAGGAGAAACUGGAGCACCAGUACUCUCAGAGCUACAAGCAGAUCUCUGUGCUGGAGGAUGACCUGGUCCAGACCCGCAGCAUCAAGGAGCAGCUCCACAAAUAUGUCCGAGAGCUGGAACAGUCCAACGACGACCUGGAGCGAGCCAAAAGAGCCACCAUCGUGUCUCUGGAGAACUUCGAGCAGCGUCUGAACCAGGCCAUCGAGAGGAACGCCUUCCUGGAGAGCGAGCUGGAUGAGAAGGAGUCGCUCCUGGUCUCGGUGCAACGACUGAAGGACGAAGCCAGAGACCUGCGGCAGGAGCUGGCUGUGCGCGAGCGGCAGGUGGACGUAAACAGGAUGUCGGCUCCGAGCUCGCCCACGCAGGACAACAUGAAGACGGACUCGUCCGUUCAGGCGUCCCUCUCCCUCCCUGCUACCCCGCUGAGCAGAGGUCUAGACAACAGCUUUGCCAACGCCACAGUUCUGCCCAACGGCUACGGCAGCAACUCUCCUUUGACUCCCUCCGCCAGAAUAUCGGCGCUCAACAUCGUCAGCGAUUUACUCCAGAAAGUCGGGGCUCUGGAGUCGAAGCUCGCCGCCUGCAGGAACUUCGCCAAAGACCAGAAAUCCAGGAAGGCGUUCGCCCUCGACAACGGCAACGUGCUGAACGCCAACACCGCCUUCCACGUGUCGUACUUCGACAAAGCCGGGACGAUGAACAGGUUCGAACCCGGUCCCUUCACGGCCAUCACCGCCCCCCCUGCUGCCUUUUCUCCAGGCUAAGGCUCCGCCCCCUCACCGUGCACCUCUGUAAGACACAAACACUCAACGCAGCAGCUGGUUUGUUCACCUCUGGUGCUUCGUUUCUGCUUUAAUGGCUCCACGGAUUAA